UUAUUGGAACGACAGCUUUUUAUUCUUAUAUAAUACAGAAAACGGUUCAGCUCAGUUUAACUGAGAACAAAUAUAUUUUUAGCUUCAGAUGCAAGCAAUAUCUAAUACGAUAUAAUGAGUUUCAAACUUGAAGCAAUCAUAACCUAACAUAUCAUUUAUUGAAUACAUAUAGUCUAAUUGAAUUCAUUCCUUUAUUUUCUUCUUAUAAAUUGAAUAUUUAUGAAUGACGGUUGAUCAUCAUGGCUCAGAAAUCAGAAACCAUCUUCAAAUAUGUACUCAUCCACUAUAGAUGGGUUUUUGUCUGUUUAUUUUUACUACCGAUUUCGUUCCUAUUCGAUAUGUGGUUAUUUUGUAGAAAUUAUAUAGUAUUUAAGCUCAACAGUGCUCCAUCUCAGCAUGACGCUAAAGUCAAAAAUGUUCAAAGACAAAUUCUAAGAUGGAACAAGAUUAAAGGUAAAAAACCACAACUAUGUACCGCUAGACCAGGAUGGCAAACUAUGUCCUUCAGGCAGGGCAUAUACAAAGAGACCUUUGAAAAAAUUGAAGUUAAUUUAGUGGACAUAUUACAAAUUAAUUCUAAGAAAAAAUCUGUAUAUGUUGAGCCACUAGUAAACAUGGGACAAUUAACAGCUAUGUUGAAUCCUUUAGGAUGGACUAUUCCAGUUCUCCCAGAACUAGAUGAUCUUACUGUGGGAGGUUUAGUAAUGGGAACUGGUAUUGAAUCUUCUUCUCAUAUUCAUGGUUUAUUUCAGCAUAAUUGUUUGUCUUACGAGAUAGUGUUAGCUGAUGGGUCCAUCAUUAAAUGCUCUGCUGACGAAAAUACAGAUUUAUUUUAUGGAAUUCCAUGGUCUUAUGGUACACUUGGAAUAUUAACUGGUGUGGAAUUGAAACUUAUACCUGCAAAAAAAUAUCUGGAACUGACCUAUGUACCUUUCAAGUCUUCAGAAGAUAUGGCCAAAUAUCUUAGGAAAACAGUAGAGAAUAAAAUAAAUGAAUUUGUUGAAGUUCUUGUUUUCAAUAAAAGUGAGUCUGUCGUAAUGAUAGGAAAACAAACUGAUAAAAUUGAUACGGACAAUUUUAACCCAAUUGGACGAUGGUACAAACCUUGGUUUUUCAAACAUGUUCAAGAUAUGUUGAAUCAGAAAAGUCAUGUUACAGAAUGUGCUCCAUUGAGGGACUAUUAUCAUCGUCAUUCGAGGUCUAUUUUCUGGGAACUGCAAGAUAUCAUACCAUUUGGAAAUAACUUCUUUUUUCGAUUAUUUCUUGGAUGGUUAGUGCCCCCUAAAAUAUCUCUUUUGAAGUUGACCCAAAGUGAAACUACUAAAGAAUUGUAUGAAAAUAACCAUAUCAUACAAGAUAUGUUGAUACCAUUAUCUUUCCUGAAUGAAAGUAUAAGUUUUUUUGAAAAACAAGUUGGAGUUUAUCCUUUAUGGGUAUGUCCUUUCAAACUACCCAAUAAUCCUGGGUUUCUACAUCCAACCAAAAGUAAUUUUGAGAUGUAUGUGGAUAUAGGCAUUUAUGGGGUUCCUAAAGUUAAUAAUUUCAAACCGAGAGAAACAACAAGAAAAAUUGAAAAGUUUGUGACUGAAAGAAAUGGGUUCCAGAUGUUAUACGCUGAUACAUAUAUGACAAGGGAAGAAUUCAGGCAGAUGUUUGAUCAUAACUUGUAUGAUAAGUUGAGAAAACUAUAUAAAUGUGAGGAAGCUUUUCCUGAAGUAUAUGACAAAGUAUGUAAAGAAGCUCGUAAAUAGAUGUAUAUAUUUAUAUUAAUAAAGGUUCCAUUUUAUUUGGCACUU